AUGUUCAAGCAGAACGAUGAGUUCGAUAAGAAAAACAAGCAUGUGCAUGUUGAUCCACUAAUUUAUGCGGAUUAUGUCGAUGAUUCAACAAAUUUGUAUGAUAUCGAAAAGAGAUUUCAACUUCUUGAAAUGCGACAAAGAAAUGGAGAGAACGUAUCAGAUGCUGCAAGAAAAGUUUAUCUCGAACUUUCAAAUCCAUCAGAGAUCCACGAUAUUGAUGGAUGGCUCGAUACAUCAGGUGGUGUAUUAUGGGAUGAAAUUGCUUCCGAUGAUGAUGUUGACUUUGAUGAAAAUAUGUUUGAUGAUGACGACGAAGGUGGCUUAGAAUCCAGAGAUAAAGGCAAAAAUAGAGGUAAGCGUAUCAAAAUUUCCACAUUUUCAGACAUAUUCCAUGUAGAACGCUUCGGUUUGAUGAUAGAACGUUGGCCGAUUCGUAAAUUAGCCAGAACUACACCAAUUCCUGCAGAAGGCUUACAGCAAAUAGUUUCUGAAACUAAAAUGAAGAAUUUCAUUGAAAUUAGACAUGAAAAAUUCAAACCAUUAUCAAAUCCAAAUAAUUACGUCACUUAUCCAAAAAUUACAGGUGAAAUUGUCAAAAAGCAAUUACAUAGAAUCAAUAUCGAUGGGUUUGUUAUCGAUCCACCCAUAGGAAUUAACAUGGAUCAAGAUGAAUUAGCAGAUUUUCUUACAGCCUUGAUUAGUUGUGGCGAAAACCCUUAUAUUAUUAUUUGGUCUGAUCCAGAUACCUUAGUUGAUAUUAUUGACGCUGCAAAUAAAGCAUCUCUUAAACAUUGCGAUUCUGUAGCUGUAGAAUUGUUCGAUGGAUUAAUGGAACCAAUCACAUUACGUACGAAACAUGGAUUUCCACAGCAUUCAAGGAUGCUUCUGAUGUUCCGCGCAUUUGAUGCAGAAAGAAGCAGUCUUGCGCAGCAAAGAAUAAGAGACACAGGUUGGGGACUUGUUUAUCCAAAUGGGAAGAGCCACGGAAGGCUCGGAAUGCCUACAGUCCCUCAUGAGAUUCUCGAAACUAUGCUUCCUGCAAAAAGAAGGCAAAGAAGCUUUGUUGAAAUAUGGCCAAGUAGAUUUCAUUUAAGAGAGAAUUGGAUUUCAAUAGAUGAAAAAUAA